UGUUUUAUUCCGUUGCUACUAAUCGCCGUCUCUCUCUCUCUUCCUUAUCAUCAACAAACUUGCUCUGCUCCGAUCGCCUUUUUUUCUCUCUCUUAAAGAUGUCUGAGGGAUCAGAAGAAACGAAAACAAAGGUCGACUCUGCCGGAGAGUUAUCAGAUGUUGAUAAUGAGAAUUGCAGUAGCAGCGGAAGUGGCGGUGGUAGUUCUGGUGAUACCAAGAGAACUUGCGUUGAUUGUGGAACUAUCCGAACUCCUCUUUGGCGUGGUGGCCCUGCCGGACCAAAGUCAUUGUGCAAUGCUUGUGGGAUCAAGAGUAGGAAGAAGAGACAAGCUGCUCUUGGUAUGAGAUCAGAGGAGAAGAAGAAAAACAGAAAAAGCAGCGGUAAUGAUCUAAACCUCGAUCAUCGAAACGCCAAGAACGACAAGAUCAACAAAGAUGAUGAUGCCAAGAACGACAAGAUCAACAAAGAUGAUGAUGCCAAGAACGACAAGAUCAACAAAGAUGAUGAUCUUAAAACUGCAAUAGCAAGAGUUUUGGAUUUAGGGUUUAAAGUUCCGGUGAUGAAGAGAUCAGCGGUUGAGAAGAAGAGGUUAUGGAGGAAACUCGGUGAGGAAGAAAGAGCUGCUGUGCUUCUUAUGGCGCUCUCUUGUAGCUCUGUUUACGCCUAAGUGUUUCUCUGUUUUUUUUUUGGUCAUUAGGGAAUAAUUAAGUGAGAGCGAUUUUGAUUAACUUAGUUAGAUAGAGAGAUAUGUAUGAUAUGAAUGUGUAAUGUUAUGUGUUCAUUUUCUUAAUGAAUUCAAAUAUUAACACUUUUUUUGGUUC